CUCGGACUCCGAAGGUAAUUUUGAGACCCCUGAAGCAGAAACGCCAACCCGCUUGCCACAAAAGGAGUUCUGCGAGCCAUUGCCGGGAUCGCCGGAACCUGAGGCCGGGACCCAAGAGCCAAGUGGCUAUGCUGACCUGCUGGUAGGAGAAGCCCAGUGGGACAGCUCACCUGCGAAGCACCCCAAAGAUGAGGCUCAACUGGACACCAGAGCCCCUAAAUCCAGCUCGGAUACUAAAGGGGAAACCGAUCCUGAAGACUCAUCCCUGACACAGCCACCGGCUGAAACCCAGCCUCCAGAUACGCUGGGAAGCAGGGCUGACGCUGGCUGCACUGUCGUGCCCGCUGCAGAGCCAGCCCCGGUGCCCGAUGUCCUGAAGCCCGAGAUUGAUUUUACGGAGGGAGGAGAGAGCGCAGAGGCCAGGAGAGCUGCACCUAGGAAGGGCAGCAGGAUCCCGGCCAGCAAGCUGACCCCGAAGAGACACCGAGAGUCCCCCAAGAAACCAGCUGAGGAUGCGGAGAGGGGUCCCACGGAGCUGCUGCCUCCCCGGGGCUCCCCCCGGCUGGGUCCUGUGCCCUGGGACAGCCCAAGUCUCAACUCCUUCAGUGGUAGCUCAGCGCUGCAAAACUCACCGACUCUCCCCAAGGGCUCUUACCAGUUUGACCCCAAUAACUUUGACUCAGUGGAUCCGUUUAAGCCCACCAAGACCCUCGCCAGCACCGCUGCCGACUCCUGCCCCACUGCCGAUAACAACCUCAACGAAAUCCUCGAGUCUCAGACGCUGGAGGUGCAGGACGACCUCGUGAAAGACAGAGACUCCCCAAAGAAGCCCAAGUCGCGCCUGAUAACGAGCGGCUGCAAGGUGAAGCAAUACGAGACGCAGUCCCUGGUCCUGGAUGUUUGCACUCAGGAUGAAGGAGCGUUGAUCUCCAAAAUCCCAGAUAUUGCAAAUCGGGAUGGACAUGCCACUGAUGAAGAGAAGCUGGCUUCCACCACCUCCGUGCAGAAACCAGCCGGGCUGGAGAAGAAGGGUGAACCAGAAGAUGACCUGGAGUACUUUGAGUGCUCGAAUGUUCCCGUGCCAGAGGUGAAGCACGGCACAGAGGCAGGCGUUGAAAAGGAAAUCUCCAAGCAAAUGGAAAAAGAUGGGCCUGGCAUCUUCCCCGUCAAUCCGGGGCUAUGCUCCAUGGACAAGUCCUCCACAGCCAUCACCAGUGUGAGCAGGAGCGAGAGUCCUCUGGACGGCAUCUGCCUCAGUGAAUCUGAGAAGACGGCCGUGCUCACGCUCAUCAGAGAGGAGAUAAUCACAAAGGAGAUCGAAGCAAAUGAGUGGAAGAAGAAAUACGAAGAGAGCCGCCAAGAAGUCUUAGAAAUGAGGAAAAUUGUGGCUGAGUAUGAGAAGACCAUUGCCCAGAUGAUAGAGGAUGAGCAGAGGACAAACAUGACGUCUCAGAAGAACCUGCAGCAGCUGACGAUGGAAAAGGACCAGGCUCUGGCAGACCUAAACUCGGUGGAGAGGUCCUUGUCGGAUCUCUUCAGGAGAUAUGAAAACCUGAAGGGUGUCCUAGAAGGCUUUAAGAAGAAUGAAGAAGCUCUGAAGAAGUGUGCUCAAGAUUAUUUAAACCGGGUCAAGCAAGAAGAGCAGCGAUAUCAGGCCCUGAAAGUCCAUGCAGAAGAAAAAUUAGACAAAGCGAACGAGGAGAUCGCCCAGGUGCGAACAAAGGCCAAAGCGGAGAGUGCGGCGCUGCAGGCUGGGCUGCGCAAGGAGCAGAUGAAGGUUGAGUCCCUGGAGAGAGCCCUCCAGCAGAAGAACCAGGAGAUUGAGGAGCUGACCAAGAUCUGCGACGAGCUGAUUGCGAAGCUGGGAAAGACAGACUGA